AUGAGAAGGUUACAACCUUUUCGAAAAUAUUUACGUUUUCUCGCGAUACCUUUAAUGAAAUUGUUACACAAUUGGAAAGUCAUCCCGCCUGCAACUAAUGUAACUCCUGUGUGGAAUCAUAUUACUGAUAAAUUCUUAGAGGCAUUAUUGGGCUUGGAAUAUAACAGAAUUGCAUGGCCAUGA